CUUUAAUUAGUCUGCCGUGACCGCCUCCUCACCCCUCUCCCCUCAUUGCACCUCCAAGUGACCACAGGAGUGGGAGAAGGUAUGCGUAGAAGCCACUGGUCAUGUGUAAACAGUGCCACAGAAGGAGGUGGUGCGGUGUUGGGUGGUCGGUACUCAGCAUUUGGCAGGGUCCCGCGCUAACAAAGGCCGUUCGCUCAUCAUAGUAAGUAGCACCGUGGCGGGUGAGCAGCAGGUGUUUGUGGCAGUGACACCGUUCAUUGGCGGCGCGGCGCGUAGAGGCUAGAAUUCUCAGGCAGCAGCGAGCCAGCUUCCGCCAGUAGUGCAGUGCAGUAGUUUGGCUUUCAGCGUACAGUGAAAUGCAGCAUGAUGUGGAGUUUGGCUCCUGUGAGGAGAACAGCAGUGUCCGAACGCGACGAGUGUGUGCCAGCCACCACCACCGCUACCACCAUAACCACCACAGACCCCACAGCCACCACAGAUGCACGCGAAGGUGGUAGAGAACUUGGUGGACCAGUGGGCGUCUUACACGGAACCUGAUUUCUCGAGGCUCUCUCAGUGCACUCUUAAGCACCACAUAUGGGGUCACGCGCUGCUCAAGGUGUGCUAUGGACGUGGCACACAGGACGACGACGACCACGCGAUCCUGGACGACCAUGACAACUCGAAGCUUAAUCAUCUGUUUGUGGUGUGCGUCGCCCUCUCCUCCCUUGUCAUGAUCUUCAUCAGAUAUCUAUCCCGGUUCGACCUACUUUUCUACAUACUGGCAGAGUGGACCGCAGCAGCGACUAUUCCAAGAAGCGUCCAGCUGAAAGCGAGUCGACUCCUGCGGCGGAAGAUUCCUCAGAGCGGCCACUUGAUGCUGCCUAAGAGGAUGUGGAUGCAGACAGUGCCCACGCAGGACUGCGAGGUGGUGGUGGUGAUGGCGGCCGGCACACGGGAGGCGACGCUGCACUGGCUCCUCACUCGCCUCAAGACUCGCCUGCCUGAAGUGACCGUGUGCGUUAAGAAUCACGCCGCCACUAACUCCUACGCUCUCUACCUCUCAGCUUCCUACGACGGGCUGAUCAAGGGCGGGGAGGAGAUGCGGCUGGUGAAGAGGACCAAGCCGGAGUACGGUGGAGGCCUGCGGGAGCUUUCUCACGCUGAGCUAGGCAUAUUUCAGGGCGUGGAAGAUGGCGCCACCUUCUUCAACACGAUGGAGCGGCAGAGCAUCGUGUUGUACCUGCUGCACUCCCUCAGGGCCGGCCAGGGCGAGGACGUGCAGGGGACAGUCUUCAGGGAGGGAGAGCCUAUCAUCCCCAAGUUUCAGUCAGAGGGCAUGAUCCACGCCAUCCUACCUUUGCACGACUACAAGCGCAUAGAGCACCUCAGAAGAACCUGGGUCCAGACAUUCUUCAGAUACCAGCCCAUAGAGGCUAUCCAACAAUACUUCGGCUCCAAGAUCGCCAUUUACUUUGCCUGGUUGGGCCACUACACUACUGCCCUCACCGUGCCCGCAGUCAUCGGCCUCAUCUUCUGGGUGUGUCUGUGGGGGCGUGACCAGGCGUUGGAGGACAAAGGUUUCGUGCUAUUCGCGCUGCUUAACGUAGUGUGGGCAUCCAUGUGGCUGGAGGGGUGGAAGAGGCACAGUGCCGUGCUCGCUUACAACUGGGGCACGCUGGACACACAGUUUGAGCUGCUGUCUGAGGCGCGCCCACACUUCACGGUGGACAGGGGCGAGCUACGGGUGAGCGGGGUGACGGGCCGCCUGGAGCCCGAGUACCCCGCCUGGCGCAGGAACCUCACCCGCUACCUGAUCACUCUUCCUGUCGUCCUGGGCUGCCUCUUGGUGGUCUUCGUGGUUAUGCUCCUCAUCCUCCAGCUUCAGGACCUGUGUGACGCCUUCAUCACGGAGCAUGAGUAUACCUUCUACUUGUCCUACGCCCCCAAGGUGCUCAUGGCCCUCACCAUCUCAGCCUUCGACGAGGGAUACACCAAGCUGGCAGUGUGGCUCAACGACCUAGAAAACUACCGUGUGGAGGAGACCUACCAGAACCAUCUCAUCAUCAAGCUGGCGGUGUUUCGCUUCGUCAACUCGUUCCUCUCUCUCUUCUAUAUCGCCUUCUACCUUCAGGACAUGGAGAGGCUAAAGGAGCAACUGGCGGCGCUGCUCCUGACGAGACAGGUGGUGGGCAACAUUAAGGAGUCGUGCAUCCCGUACCUCCUGGAGCAGUUCAAGCUGGCAAAGUUAAGCUUCGAUCUUUACGGCGCUCUCUCCCCGUCUGAGGAGAACAAACAACAGGACUGGCCACAGGAGAAUCCACCUCAGCCUGCCGGCAAUGAUACACAGGUGCUGGAAGAAGAGGACGAGGAGGACGACAACAAGGGGGACAGCACGCAGGUCGCUGCCACAAAGAGCGAGGAUGGGGAGGCUGGGGUGGCCAAGAGCCGAGACGGGGAUCGCUUGGCGCGGGGAUCCAGCAAGAGCCGCAUCGUGAGUCAAGCGGAGGUGGAGUGCAACAUGUCCAGGUACGAGGGCACCUUCGAAGACUACCUGGAGAUGUUCAUUCAGUUCGGUUACGUGACGCUCUUUUCCUCGGCCUUCCCACUCGCCGCCACCUGCGCCUUCCUCAACAACCUGAUAGAGAUCCGCUCCGACGCCUUCAAAUUGUGCUGCGUGUUCCAGCGGCCCUUCGGCAACCGCGCCCAGAGUAUUGGCGUGUGGCAGGACGCCAUGGAGCUGAUGGGCGUGGUGGGCAUCAUGGUGAACUGCAUCCUGAUCGGCCUCUCAGGGCAAGUGCACCGGAUGUUCCCUCACAUGUCUACCGCUCAGACCAUCCUGCUCAUCGUGGUGCUCGAGCACGCUAUGAUCGCCCUGAAGUACGGCAUCAGCUACGCCAUCCCUGACAUCCCUGACUGGGUCGCCACCGAGAUGGCCAAGGUGGAGUUCCAGCGACGCGAGGCUCUGCGCAGACUCUCCACCUCCAACUCGCCCCCCACCCGCGAGGACUCCCAACCCCCUUCCCCCAGUAGGCACCUGUUCAGCCACUCGCUGUCAUCAGAGUACGUGGACCGCAGUGUACAGACAGAGGUGAUGUAUUACCGCCGCCGACACUCCUUCAAAACCUCUCCGAGCAGUACAAUCGACGAGGACGAGGUAAUGACUCCCUCAGACUCCACCAGCAGGAGGGACAGUCUGAGCGAGAGUGGGGAAGUGGACGACCUGAAGGACGAGGAACAAACACGGGGGUCGGUCAAGCUGGGGAGGAGUGUGUCGGCGGGCGAGCGGAUGAAACACAGGGUGCCUCGUGUCAGCAGAAUCAGGAAUCAAGAAAGCAACGAGUCCAACGAUUCAGAAGAAGAUUUAAUACCCAAGUCCUUCGACAGCUUGCCAAUGCUAUCAGCGCCUGCCACCGUGGAUAAGAAGAACAGGUUAUUCAGAUUCUCACCAGAGAACGAGAGCGCCUUAGGACAACUGAAACCCCGGUCAAGACUCCUAGAGCGGCCUGAUUUCGGUCAAUUUUCCUCGCGGUCUGCAGAGUGCGUAGCCGACCCUUCCACGCUCCGGCACUACCACGACGACUCUACGGGUCACAUCAGCGAGGAGGGAACACCGGAGGACAGCAUAUCGAGUAGAACGCCCACACCACAAGACGAAAACAAGGCCAUUAGCAUUCCGCACACUCCCCAGGCCGAGGCAGCGCCCCUGUCGCCGCCCGCUGCACAGGAACGGAAGGACCUGCCAGUCUCUCGUAGAAAACCACAAAUGAAAUUCUUGAAGCGAGCUCAGAGUCUCUCUUAUGUAUUCAAGAGGAGCUCGAAGCCACCCGAGAAGAGAAAGAAAAUCAUCAAAGACGACUUCGCGGCGCUGACGGGUCGUCUAGAGGCGCAGGGCGAGAUGGCGCUGGUGCCGCUAGAGAAGCUGGUGGCCAUCGACGACAUACAGAUGCAGCCGUCACUCUCCAGCUACAACGUGUACACAGAGUAGCAUCCGCUGCCUGUAUUUCACUCUCCCAAGUUUCCAGUGUCCCACCCGCCCUCUCCGUAGCCUCACUCUGCCUGCCUCUGUCCCUCUCUUCACCCAACCUCAGCUUCACCCUCACCUGGACCACUAUUCCUUACACUAGUGCAUUAUUACUAGUCAGCCACAUUCUCCUAAGUGUUAGGUGACGCCAGGACGUGUUUGUUCGAGUGACAAGAGGCAUAAUGUUAACUUAGGACAACCAGGUAGCCAGACAGACGAGGAAUCUUAGCGUAAUGAAUGUUUACUCGCAUAUCGAGGCGAAGGGCCGGCAGCGGCACAAGACCCUCGCUAGUACACUGCUCAUCCUCGGAUGGGGUGGGACGCGAGUGUGCUCGGAGCACAUGCGUGCGCUUGCAUGUGCGCGUAUCCACCCCGGGCCUCAGUACAGUAGCGUAAAUAAUGUGCUCCUCCGUGUUGCUCUGUCAAUAAUGCCUUACGAUGCACUUUUAUUGCUAGAUGGUUAUUAGAUCGUGUUACAUAGCGUAGGCGCGCGGCUCAGGUUAACUACACGUGCAAGUGGUUUUGUAAGGUGAUGAGCGUAAGAGGUGCGCUGUAGAGGCUGGGACGCGGAGUGUGUCGCGCCGCAGUGCUGAGUCUUGUUGCCGCCUCACACCACCUGGCAUUGGUCUGGGCAAUGUGCGAGUUCGAAGGCCGCAGCGGCGCCUGACUGGGAGAGCCCCGAACCAGCCUGCUUCUGCUUGCUAACGUUAUGGAGGUGUGUGUGUGUGUGUGUGUGUGUGUGUGUGUGUGUGUGUGUGUGUGUGUGUGUGUGUGUGUGUGUGUGUGUGUGUGUGUGUGUGUGUGUGUGUGUGUGUGUGUGUGUGUUUGAAAGCGAGCGACCGAGCAAGCUUUACGUGUGAUAGAAGAGAAGCAUUAAGAGAAUAGCA